AUGAAGCUACUUUAUUACUUCCUUCUAGUUCUAACCGCGGAGCUGCAGGUGAACUGUACAAAGCAUUUGUACAAAAAUGCCGAAACAUUCGACAUCGACAACGAGCUAGAGGAGUCAGAUGGUGACCACAGCAAGUCCCGGGCUAACCGUACCCAGGAAAGGAUCAAUCUGACGGUACCAGGUACCAAAUGGUGUGGACCCGGUAAUACGGCCAACGAUUAUGACGAUCUGGGUUCCAACUCCGAGGUAGACAAGUGUUGCCGUGAGCACGACCAUUGCGAUAACAUACCUGCUGGUGAGACAAAGUAUGGCCUCAAAAAUGAUGACUACUUUACAAGGCUGCACUGCAAAUGUGAUCGUGACUUUCAGCAGUGUCUGCACCGCGUAAACACCACGUUCUCGAACAAGCUGGGUAACUUUUACUUUACCGUUCGCGAUCAGUGCUACAAGAAGCAGCAUCCGAUCGUGGACUGCGCUGAACAUACGAACAAAAUCUUCCUGCGUCGAUGCGUACGAUACGUUCUCGAUACCUCUCGAUCGGAUAUGUGGCAGUGGUUCGAUCUGCCGUUCUACGAUGGCAACAUGUUGGAUGGCUUCUGA